AAAAAUUCAAGUUUUUUUCUCUAUCAGAAUUUUUUUUAAUUUUUUUCCACAAGCUCAGUCACUAACCCUAGACAUUCCGACAUUUAGAGACAGUUUGUCAUAACAUCAACAUCACAUAAUCUUUGCUGAAAAGUAUUUUCAAAUUUUUUAUACUUCGAGGACUAGCAAGCAGGCAUACUUAAAUACAGCAGGAACAAAUUGAAAUAAGACCAAAAUGAAGCCAUUAAAUAAGGAAAAUUUCUUAUCAUUUUAUUUACCGGUUAACAGUCUUGUUAGCUACACGGCACUGUCAAUUAACAUCAUGAAUCCAGCACUGAGAACAAAAUUCUUUGGAUCAUCUGAUCUCACAAACUUCCUCCUUUGGCACAGUGUGAUUGGAUCUGGAGCAUAUAUCUACACCCGCAAACAUCUUAAAAAUGUACCAAACCAAAAGAGACUUGCUUAUGCAGCAACCGGCGGUGUACUUUUCAGUUUCGGUUCAGUCCUAAUGUGGGCCUUCAUGAAGAACGUUUUACCAAAGAACUGCGGAGUAGCAACAGUAGUCGGUCUCACAAGUGGAUUUGUAGUCGUUAAACUAACAUCAGAUUACCUUAGUGACGUUGAUGCUCAAAUUUCUGAGGUUGAUUAAAUUAUUUGCAGCUUCAGCAUAAAUAAUUACAGCAACUUUCUUUAGUGAGAUUUGUAAAAUUUUGAUGUAUUUUAUUCACAUUUCAUCUGCCAUUUGAUGUCAUCAUUAUUAAAUUGAUGAUUUUUUUUCUUCAAACAUUUACUUUAGUUGAAUUUUCUUUUAAUUAUUGUAAAAAUUUAACUUUCUUCUUAUAUAUUGGUAAAUGUUUAAUAUUAAUUCCCUUUGUAUCAUGUCCAAAAAUAAAUUCAAAGUGUUUAUAAAAAUUGAAAAAAUUGUUUGUGGUUGUUUGAUGCUUAACAUGAAGAUAUUCACAGAAUUUCAGGUAGCUAGAUUCAUACUCAGAAUGACAUUAGUUGUCCGACCCAUGUCAAAUCUAAAACAGAACUUCUGUUUGACCCAAUAAUCAUGUAACAUGACUUUUAGGUCACAAAACCACAACAACAACAAACAUUUCAUCAAAAAUUUUAUUUAAUUAUUUUACAAUACAAAUUCUUGAUAAGAAACUUGAACUUCAUCAGCACGAUGAAUAAGAAAAAUGAUAAUUCCAGAUUGACGUAAGUCGUGUGAACAUUUUUCAUGCCUACUCAGCUCUCCUGACAUGCUGUUUAUCAAUUAUUUCUCAUUUGAACUCGUUUCUGCUUAGUCGCGUCCGAAUUUUAGGGAUGACUGGAAUGAAAUGAGGAAUUUGAAUUAGCGUUUUUUUAAAAGUGAUGGUCUUGUACCAGUAAGACCUGAUGUGGCAAUAGUUCAUGUUUUUAUAGACACACGAUAUUAAAGUCACAGAAUAGUGGCAUUUACCAAACAUGAAGCUGACGAGUAGCCUGAUUUCAUUUAAUCUUUCACUUCGUUAGCCUCACGAAAGCCUGGUGCAACUAUUUUGUCACUUUUCCAGGCUUUAUGCCAUUUAGCAGCUGUAAAGCAGUCGUUUGGAACCAUUUAAGCAUCACAGCACAGUAAAGUAUCUGGCAUUGAGCAUUAGCACAAAAAAGAAGUUUUCCUUCAUAAUAUAAUGCAUUAUUAGCUUCUCCCAAACUCAAUUUAAUACUCACAUCAGGUCGAUCAAUCCGAACAAUUCUAGCACCAACAUUAAAGUACCCCUCAUACUCAGCAAUAUCAGGUGUUACGUCAUAAUGAUAAUGUCCAGCCUCUCCGUGCUGCGAAAAACUAUGAAAAUGUUGCAAUCUCAAAUCUAAAUCAGCCUCAUCAGUCACAAAAGUUCCAACAGCAAUAAGUGGAGCUGACAUGUCGUAGAAUUUAAGCCAAUUGUUUAGCUCAUCUUCAGUAUUUAUUGGAGUUUUUGAGAAAUCAUCCAUCACGUGCUGCUUAGCUUUACCUUUUUUGAGCAAGAAAACUCCACCGACACCAACUGUUGUGUCUUUAAAGUGCUUAGCCAUUGACAGUCGCAUUGAUGAUAUGAAAUUUUCAGUUCCAAUGCGUUUUUUGCAUGAAACUUUCAAAACUUUUCCAGCCCUUCCUUCAGACAAGAAAACAUUUCCAAGUAAAGCACUUCGUGUUUCUGCUGUUGGCACUUUUUGGACUUCCAUUAAUCCAUCUUCAGUUACUCUUGAAAUGUGAGUUUCAUUCACAAUUUUACCAUUUUUAUCAACUUUUAAAUUCAUGAUUCCUUCACAAUUUUGAUUAAUUAAUGGAUGUGGACCGGCACCGGCACCAGCUAAGAAAAAAUCUUUAUUUUCAAAUCCUUGAAUAUUUUUAACAAGUGGAACUAAGUCGUAAAUUUUCGAUCUAUCAACAAGUGGCAAUAAAUAAUCUGGACUUCCAUAUUCCAAGACAACAGUGUCACCAUCUAUGCCUGAUGAUGCUAAAUGGAAUGGUGCUUUUGAUAGGUCUGGACAGUCAACAAUUGAUAAAGUGACUUCAGCAAAGUUAUUGUUGAGGCCUCGGGUGAUUGCUAAAAUGGAGAAAACAAAAUGCAGU